AUGCAACUAGAGGAUUAUGAGGAAAUAAAGACCAUUGGUAAAGGUAGUUUCGGUAGAGCUAUUCUUGUAAAGAGAAAGAAAGAUGGUCUACUCUUAGUACUCAAAGAGAUCAACGUUAUGGAGAUGGCACCAAGAGAAAGAAACGAUGCUAUGAAUGAAGUACAUGUAUUAUCAAUGUUAGAUCAUCGACAUAUCAUUGGAUAUUAUGAUAGUUUCUUAGUUAACGGUACACUUUAUAUAGUAAUGGAAUAUGCAAAUGCUGGUGAUAUUCAUUUGGAAAUAAAAAAGAGAACUAUACAAAAGAAAUAUUUUAGUGAGGAGGAAAUUUGGAUUUGGUUCACUCAGAUUUGUUUGGCAGUUCAGUAUAUCAAUAGUAAAAAUAUAUUACAUCGUGAUUUGAAAACACAAAAUAUAUUCUUGUCAAAUAUUAGUGGUGGUGAAAAUGGUGGUGGUGGUGGUGGUUUGACAGUGAAAUUGGGUGAUAUGGGUAUUGCAAAGAUUCUGAAUAGCGAUACAUCGUUUGCUAAAACAGUGAUUGGAACACCGUACUAUUUGUCACCGGAGAUCUGCGAGGAUCGUCCCUAUGACCACAAGAGCGAUAUCUGGUCACUCGGUUGUGUGCUAUACGAGUUGGCAACGUUGAAGCAUGCAUUCAAUGCGGGUAGUCUGCCCGCUCUAGUCAUGAAAAUAUUGAAGGGCAACUACCCACCGAUUCCAUCGAUCUACUCUGACAACAUGAAGUCACUGAUAUCGUUCAUGUUGCAAACCGAUCCAAAGAAACGACCAAACAUCGAUGACAUUCUAAGUUUACCAUUCCUACAAUCAUAUAUAUUGAAUAGUACAACAUCAUCAUCAUCAUCGUCACCACCUUUAACAACAACAGCAACAGCAACGGCAGCAACAACAUCUACUAAUAUUCCAAUGUCUAUUAUCAAAUCGGCAUCUACAAAAACACCAACUAAACAGACACCACCAACAACCAAAUCAACAACAAUUUCCAAACCAACAACACCCAUUUCUAAAUCAAAGAGUAGUAUAAAGACAGCUGCGACACCACCAACCAGUGGAAGUAAGUUGAAUCAUGUUAAAUUGAAACCACCAGUUCCAAAGCCAUCGACAACAACAACAACAACAACAACACCAACUUCAACACCAACUACAGCUUCUAAAAGAACUGUUGCCUCUGUUACACCAACAAAAGCAACACCAACAACUCCAGUAUCUAAAUCAUCGAAACCCGUAGAAACAUCAAUAUUACCGACACCAGCACCAAUUACACAACCUAUUUAUACACCACCAACAAGGCCAUCUGUUUCCAUUCAACAAACAACAACAACAACAAGUAAUAGUAACACAAAUACAACUACAACCAACACUAGUGGUAAUAGACAAACAAAUCUAUCAAGUUCAAGUCGAACAUCAUCAUCUGGUAGAUUAUCUAUUCAACCAACAAACACACCAUCAUCAGCUUCAACGUCAACAUCUACAUCUACAUCGACAUCAAACACACCAGCAAGAAGAUUAUCAACACCGAAUAUUUCAUCAUUAUCAUCGUCAUCGUCAUCAUCAACAUCAUCAACAUCAUCGACUUCAACAACCACAGCACCAACAAGAUCUACAUUAAACAGACAAACGUCAUCAUCAUCUUUGAGAAUGUCUUCGAGUGGAAGUGGAUUAACAACAUUAUCAUCAUCAUCAUCAUCAGUAUCUCCUGCACCACCAACAACAACCUCGUCUUCAUCUUUUUCUUCAUCAGGUCGUGUUACACCAUCAUCUGGUAGAGUUACACCUUCAGGUCGUAUUACACCAUCGGGCAGAGUAACUCCAUCAACAUCCUCAUCAUCAUCUACAUCCAAUUCAAACAGCAGAAUUAUAUCAACACCAACAUUAUCAUCUUCAUCGUCAUCAACAAUAAAGUCAACGAAACAGACACCAACUACCGCCAGCACAACAACGAUACCUAUCCAAACAACUCCGAAUAUAUUCAAUGCACCGACAUAUAGCAAACCAAGCACACCAGAAAUAGUUUUAAAGAAACCAACAUCGUCAAGGCAACAGAAGAUCGAUUUUAAACAACAGGAGAUGGCUUAUAGACAAAAGAUGAGCUCUGUAAAGUCAACUUUACAACUAAAGAAAGAUAAACAACCUACAGAGAGUAAUGAUAAUUUGACACCACCAAGUAUUAUUGCCAACGAUAAUAAUAAUAAUACCAAUAGUAAUAUUGAAACAGAUCAAUCACCAUCCGAUCAAUCUGAAACCAAUAGUUUAGAGAAUAGCGGUGUAGAAUCAUUGGAUUUGAAUAGCGAUUCAUCGUCAUCAUCAUCAUCACAGAAAGAGGAAGAAGCAGCUGCACAAACCAAUACGACAGAUUCAACAACAGUCAAUACCAAAGAGAAAAGAAAUACUACCAGUCCAAUUCUAAGAGAUAAGAAAUUGGAAACAAGAACAAAUGCAUUAAGACACUUCUGUUGUAGUAUCUUUGGAGAGGACACAUUUACAACGAUCUAUAAACUGAUGAAAGAUAUUGUUUGUCUCAAUGGUAAUGGUGGUAGUACGACCGACAGCAACAACAACAAUAAUAACAACGGUAACAACUUUAGUGAUCAACAAAAAGAAGAAAACAUUCAGCAACAGAUUGAACAACUCUUGGGUGAUAAGAUAUUCUAUCUAAAGAUGGGAUUAUCAAUGUUAUUCAAAUAA